UUCACCAUCAAGCUCAAAAUGACAGACUUUGGAGAGAUUCUAAGGAACAUUGGGGAAUUUGGAUUAUUCCAGAAGAUCACUCUCAUUGCACUUUGCUUUCCAAACUUUGUUCAGACUUUUCUCUUUGCCAGUUUUGUUUUCAUCCAAUCAGAUCCAGACAGACACUGCAACACAGACUGGAUCCUCAGUGCUGCUCCUAACCUGACCUCAGAGGAGCAGCUCAACCUGACCGUGCCUCGGGAGGAGGAUGGGACCUUCAGCAAGUGUGAGAUGUUUGUCCCCGUGAACUGGGACAUUGAUACUAUCAGAGAGUACGGACUCAAUGAGACCACAGGGUGCCAGGAUGGAUGGGUGUAUGGGAACAUGCUCUACAAAGCCACCAUAGUCACUGAUUUUGAUCUAGUGUGUGGCCGGGCCAGCUUGGUGGAAGUGAUUCAAGCAAUGUUCAUGGCUGGAGUUCUUGUUGGUUCCCUUGUAUUUGGACCUUUUGCUGAAUCGUUCGGCCGCAAACGAGCAACUCAGAUUUCAGCAGUUCUGUUAUCUGUAUUCACCAUGACAACAGCUCUCUGUCCCAACGUCUACUUAUAUUUAGUAUCUCUGUUUUUGGUGGGAUUUGGAGGUGGAGGAUAUCACGUCAACAGCAUCAUACUAGUGUUCCACAGCCUGGGAGCAGAGCAGCUGAAAGCUCUGCUUCCCAUGGUGGUGAGGCGGAAAGAAGACACAGCAAGCUGGAUAGAAGAAGUGGAUCGAAGUGAGCGGGCGGAAGAGAUAGUGCUUAACAGGGAGCCAGUGAAGUUCCUGGAGAACAGGGGUGAUGUGCUGGUAGGAGGGGGUUCUGGUAAUAAUGCAGGCAGCAGAGUUUUGAACCAGUUGAAGCUUAUGAAGGGAUUUUUGGGGGAGACCAUGCAAGAGAGAAUUACAAUAGUCAAUUCAGGAGGUAACAAGACUGUGGACAAGAAUGGACGUAGACUGAGUGGAAAGAGAAGGACGUAA